AUGGAGCCGUACACCGCCGCGCCGCCCGAGGACGCCGCCGACCCCGACCCCGACACCGGCCUCGAAGGGUCCAUGUGGAGGCUGGGGCUGGGAAGCGGCGGGGAAGCGCCGGCGGCGGCGGCGGCCGCCGGGGCGAGGCUCCCGGAGCGGCCCGGCGAGGCCAACUGCGUCUACUACCUCCGCACCGGCGCCUGCGGCUACGGCGAGACCUGCCGCUACAACCACCCGCGCGAUCGCGCCGCCGCGUUUGAUGGAGGCGCAAGGACCGCGCGCACCGUGGAGUAUCCGGAACGACCAGGCCAGCCUUCGUGCGAGUACUACAUGAAGAAUGGGAGUUGUAAGUUUGGCUCUAACUGCAAAUACAAUCACCCCAGAGAAGGUGGUUCUGUCCAACCAGUUGUGUUAAAUUCCAGUGGGUACCCUCUGCGUCAGGGUGAGAAAGAAUGCUCCUACUAUAUCAAAACCGGCCAUUGCAAAUUUGGGUCUACGUGCAAGUUUCAUCACCCACAAGGGCCAGAACCUGGUGUUGUUUCAGAGGCUCCUAACAUGUACCCACCUGUCCAACCAUUGCCUAUCUCUUCCUCUCUUCCAUACCCACCUCUUGCCAACUGGCAGUUGGGGAGGCCUUCUGUGCUGCCAGGAUCAUAUUUCCCUGGCUCGUACCCUCCAAUGAUGCACCCAUCUGCAGUCAUGCCAAUGCAGGGAUGGAACCCUUACAUGUCACCUAUGAAUCAAGUUGCGUCAGCUGGGGGACAGCAAACGGUUCAGGCAGGGCCACUGUAUGGCUUAUCGCACCAAGGACCUCCAUCUGGAGUUGCUUAUGGCAGUAAUUAUGCACCGUUGCCUUCUUCAACAUGGCCUUCAAGUAAUAAACAAGAAGUUGUCUUUCCUGAGCGGCCUGGGCAGCCUGAGUGCCACCACUACAUGAAGACAGGGACCUGCAAAUUUGGAGCCACAUGCAAAUAUAAUCAUCCUCAGUACCUGAGUACACCUAGGUCCAACUAUAUGCUGAGCCCUCUAGGUCUUCCAAUUCGGCCGGGUGCUCAGCCAUGUGUUUACUAUUCACAGCAUGGCUUCUGCAAAUAUGGUCCGGGAUGCAAAUUUGAUCACCCACUGGGUGCUCUAAGCUACAGCCCUUCAGCGUCAUCGCUUGGUGACAUGCCUAUUGCUCCCUAUCCUAGUCUCCCUGCUGCUCCUAUGGCCCCAUCUCCAUCAUCUUCUGUUCCGCGGCCAGAGUACAUCCUUGGCAAGGACUCUUCAGCGUACCAGCCAGCAUCACCUGGAACUACAUUCGGACCUUCUGGACCGAUGUCAAAAGUUUAUGCUCCACACAUGCUUCUCCGACCUCCAACUUCCACAACUGGUGCCACUGUCACAAGCCAUGGUGGAGAGCUCUAAUCCCAUUUCUGGCAUGAAGAUGGAUGUUCAGCAAGCUUCUCAAGAAUUUUUUUUGGCGUAUUAGAGAUGAGAUAUCAACUCAUUUUUUGCUCCGAUUCGGUUCCACAGCUAGUCUGUCUCCACUUCUCCCAGCAGCUGUUCACUCAGAACCCCACCCAGUGUGAAUAUGGCUGGAGCUGACAUAGACAACUCAUGGCCAAGGUUGCAAUCCUUGCCAUCUGAAUAAAUGCAUAGAUGGGCAGUGGUAAGCUCGUCCCCUGCCAUUAUUAUGUUCAUUGCUGAAAUGGAAAAGAGGGAGAAUCCUGAAAUCCAAAUUAGCUGACGGUCUUUGUAUCGGUACAUAAUUAUCGAAGCAGGCCACAUGAUGCAUCAUUGCAGAGAGGUUUUGUACCUGAAAUCGAUUGGGUUCGGCACUGCUGCCCAAAUCUUUGCUCAUUUAACCAUCUCAUAUGUGUUAUGCAACUACCAGUCUGGACUUCUGUAAUAUGUAUAGUAUAUAUAUCCAUAAUGCGAACAACUGAACAUGGAACAACGUAAUGGACCAUUUGGAACUUUCAAUUGAAUCAUCUGCGCUUCUGCAUCA